AAGAUUGCGUCAAUACUGUGGGUCAUGAGAUCAAUAAUUUUAUGCCUUCGAUCCCGAUACGUAAAAAAUAACAAAACGGCAAGUGAUAUUACACUUAAGUGAUUAUUAUACUGCGCAGCAGAAAGGAUAACUUUCUCUUUCUAAAUUCAACAGUGGUUCAUAAAAGUUCAGAUAAGAUUUAAAGUUAAGAAUAUUCAGGAAAGUUGUUAAUAUUUCAAAAUGAAGACUGAUAACAAUAUUUUGAGAGGACCCCCACUGAUUGAAAAAUGGACCUACAAAUCUGCAGGAGAAUAUUUUUUGAAAAUGAUAAGAAAACAUGGAUCAGCGCCUGCUAUGACAAGUAUGGAAACAGGCGAACAAUUCAACUUCAGCCAAAUUCUCGAAAAAAGUUUGAAACUAACAAAAAGUCUUGAAAAACUCGGUUUAAAACUAAACGACCGAAUUGGAAUUUGCAGCGAGAACAGUUUAAAUUUCGGAAUUUCAAUUCUAUCCAGUAUUUUUCUGGGCACGACAUUCUGUCCUUUAAAUCCGGCCUACACAGAACGUGAAUUAAUUCACGCAAUGUCAAUCUCGAAGCCAAAAUACGUCUUCGUUUCAAUUUCAUGUUUGCCAAUGAUGAAAAAAGUGUUGAAGGAUAUACCUUGGUCUAUAAAUUUAAUUCUGCUUUAUCCGGAUGCUUCAUGUUCGGAAUUUCCUAAUCUUCCAGAUCUGAUAUCGAAUAUUUCAGAUUUAGAAAUGAGAAAUUUUAAACUCCCUGAAAUCGAUAUCAACGAGCAUGUUUUAUUAAUUGCUUGUUCAUCGGGAACUACAGGACUUCCAAAAGGAGUGAUGCUGACUGAUAAAAAUAUUUUGACGAUAAUACAACAUCAAAAUGAAGACCCAGCUCGUGUGGUACAAUCUGGUUCGUCCAUUUUGGAAAUGCUGCCAAUGUAUCAUGCCUAUGCCUUUUUCAUUUUUCUUUUUGCAAUGGCAUUUAAAGCAAACCUGAUUGUCCUUGCGAAAUUCGACGAAAGACUUUUUCUGAAGGCGGUGGAAAAAUAUAGAAUUGAUACUUUGACUCUAGUACCACCCCUGAUGGUUUUAUUGGCCAAAAGUCCGAUUGUGGGUGAAUAUGACCUGUCUUGUGUGAAAAGAAUAUUCUAAGAUUCUUCCACUCGAUGGUGAAUCAAAAGAGCCCUUAGGACCAAAUUGUGAAGGAGAAAUGUGUUUUAAAUCUAAUAGCAUCAUGAAAGGAUACUGCGAAAAUGAAGAAGCAAC